UCCAUCUUCUGCACACUUUACUUCUAUACGGUGGUUGUUAUGAGCGCGAUUUUAUAUAAAACCAAAAGUAUCUUAGAAAGCUGUCAACUGUUCAACGCUAAUUUCCUCACUAUUAUUAAACAUCCGUCAAAUAGAUGAUUUUUUUUUUUUCUUGAAGCUUAUGUAUAACAGCAAGCUGGUGGGUGGAUGUUUGUAAAUAAUUAUUUAAUUAUUUAUCUGGGAAUGUGCAGGGCGCCGUUAAUGUGUGUGUGUGCCGGGGUGUCUGUGCGAAUUGGGUGAAGCGCACUUCAUCAGAGCGAGUCGGAGGAGAGCGAGCAGUGACUGCGUGCUGCGUUCAGGAGGCUGUAGAAAGGAGCCUCCUCUCUUCUAUACUCUCUCAUUCGCUACCUCUGCGAGCGUGGUGCCGAGUGCAGUUGGUGUGUCGUUGCCAAGGCGAUCACGGGCCUCUUUGCUUUCUUUGCUGGAGUGGAGAAGGGGAAUGUCUGGUUCCAGGAAGGAGUUUGACGUGAAGCAGAUUUUACGAAUUCGAUGGAGGUGGUUCGGUCACCCGACGUCUCCACCGCCCCACAGCCAGCCACUGGGCGACUUCUUUAGCGGGAGGAGUACGAGAAAUCCAGCGGAAAACUCCUCCAUGAGCGGGGGUGCCAGCAGCUCCAACAACCUUAGCAGUAGCGGUAGCGGUAGCAGUAGUAGUAAUAGUGGCGGUUCCUGCAGCAACAGCAGUGAUAAUAGAAAGUUUUUGGACUCGUCAAGUAAUUCGGUGGCUUUAGCCGCCAGUGCUUCUGGUUGCCGCCGCUCUUUUAGCCAUCAGGACUGUCGGAGCCCACCACCCCUGCCCUGGGUCGCCUCCCCACCCCCGGAGGUUCCCGUCCAGGAGUUAGCAAACGAAGGUUGCCCGGAGUCCCAGCAGCAUCCUCCGGAGGCAGAAGCAGAGGAAACCGGUGGAAGUGAAGAGGACAACAACAAUAUUGAUUCAGAUUCCAGCUCCUGCAGGACCUCGAACAGCGCUCAGACCAUAUCCUCAUGCCACACCAUGGAGCCCUGUGGGCCCGAGGAGCUCUUCCAGGCCCUGAGCCACGCUGAGCACACCUUCCACAAGAUGGAGAGCUACCUGAGGCACAAGCAGCUGUGCGACGUGGUGCUGCUGGCUGGGGAGCGCAGGAUCCCCGCACACAGACUGGUCCUGUCCUCAGUGUCGGAUUACUUUGCCGCCAUGUUCACCAGUGACGUCAGGGAGGCCAAGCAGGAGGAGGUGAAGAUGGAGAGCGUGGACCCAGAUGCAUUGUGGGCACUGGUGCAGUACGCCUAUUCAGGGCGCCUGGAGCUUCGGGAGGAGACUAUCGAGAGCCUGCUGUCGGCCUCCUGCCUGCUACAGCUGCCCGCCGUGGUCCAGGCCUGCUGCUCCUUCCUGGCCAAGCAGCUCCACCCUUCCAACUGCCUGGGCAUCCGCUCAUUCGCUGACGCCCAGGGCUGCGUGGACCUGCAAGGGCUGGCGCACGACUACACCAUGGGCGGCCCCUCUGUUCCGCAGGAGCACUUCCUGGAGGUGAUGAGGAACCAGGAGUUCCUGCUGCUGCCCCCGGCGGAGAUGGAGAAGCUGCUCUCCUCGGACGACAUGAACGUGCCGGACGAGGAGACGGUCGUGGGCGCCCUGCUGGGCUGGGUGCAGCACGACGUGGCGCAGCGGCGGCAGCACCUGCCCGAGCUCCUGGCGCACAUCCGGCUCCCCCUGCUGGCCCCGCAGUUUCUAGUGGACAUGGAGUCGAACCCGCUGCUCCAGGAGAGCGUGGAGUGCCAGCGCUUGGUGAUGGAGGCCAUGAGGUACCACCUUCUGCCCGAGCGCCGCCCGCAGCUCCAGAGCCCUCGCACCCGGCCCCGCAAGGCCACCGUCGGCGCCUUGUUCGCCGUGGGCGGCAUGGAUGCCACCAAAGGUGCCACCAGUAUUGAGCAGUACUGCCUGCGCCGGAACGUGUGGAGGCAGGUGGCGGUGAUGAGCGGGCGGAGGCUGCAGUUCGGCGUGGCCGUGCUGGAGGACCGCCUCUACGUGGUCGGGGGGCGGGACGGACUCAAGACCCUCAACACGGUGGAGUGCUACAACCCCCGCAGCAAGAGCUGGAGCGUCAUGCCCGCCAUGUCCACUCACAGACACGGCCUGGGGGUGGCGGUGCUGGGAGGGCCCAUGUACGCCGUGGGGGGCCAUGACGGGUGGAGCUACCUGAGCACCGUGGAACGCUGGGACCCUCAGGCGCGGCAGUGGAGCUUCGUGGCCAGCAUGGCCACGCCCCGCAGCACCGUGGGCAUGGCCGUGCUCAACAACAAGCUGUACGCGGUGGGCGGGCGGGACGGCAGCUCCUGUCUGAGGUCGGUGGAGUGCUUCGACCCGCACACCAACAAGUGGAGCACCUGCGGUCAGAUGGCCAACCGCCGCGGCGGAGUGGGCGUGGCCACGUGGAACGGCUUCCUGUACGCCAUCGGGGGCCACGACGCGCCCGCCUCCAGCCUCGCCUCGCGGCUGUCGGACUGCGUGGAGAGGUACGACCCCAAAACAGACACCUGGACUGCCGUGGCCCCCAUGAGCAUCAGCCGGGACGCCGUGGGGGUGUGUCUCCUGGGCGACCGUCUCUACGCGGUGGGGGGCUACGACGGGCAGAUCUACCUCAACACGGUGGAAGCCUACGACCCCCAGACCAACGAGUGGACUCAGGUAGCGCCCCUGUGUCUGGGGAGGGCGGGGGCCUGCGUGGUGGCGGUUAAGCUGUGACAGCCCGCCGCGGGCCGUCUCCAUGGUUACUUUAAUGUGACUUCGCCGCCGUUCUC